GUCGUACCCUCCACAUCUCUGCACUCCUUUUCUUUACCCACGCCUGUCUCUUUUGCUACUGCCCUUCACACACCCACUCUCUUACCCUUUCAUUUACCCUUUCACUUUCACACCCACUCCAUAAAAAGAUCCCCUCAGUCCCACCAGGAUACGAAGCAACAAUGGCAGCCAACGAAACCAUUGAGAUUACGAUCCCGAACUACGGUACCCUCCGCGGCUCAGUUGACCGCAGCCGUCGGGUUGCUGUCUUCCGCAAUGUGCCCUAUGCGGUUGUCCCUGAACGCUGGCGUGCUGCCGUCAAGCCACAGCCCUGGACCGGUGUGCGCGAUGCUACCAAGCAGGGACCGAUCUGCCCACAGAUGCCGUCACUGUACCCGCUUCACCUGCUGGUUCCAAAGGACCUUCAGCCCCUCGGCACGGGCAAGUACCAGUUCGGACUCGACCACGACGAAUACCACUGUCUCAACCUCAAUAUCUAUGUCCCCCUGGCUGCUCUUCAACCCGAUGCCAAGCCCGUACCCGUCAUGGCAUGGAUCCACGGCGGUGCCUACCGGGACGGCUCCAAUGCCGUGCCACUCUACAAUGCAUCGAACUUUGUGCACCAUUCGAUCCUGCUCCACCAGCCCGUUAUCGUCAUCGCCAUCAACUACCGCGUCAAUGUCUUUGGCUUUCUUGCCUCUCAAGAACUCAUCCACGACAUUUCCUCUACUUCCUCCGAUCUCCCUCCCUACGACCAAUCUGUCGGCAACUGGGGCCUUAUGGAUCAGAAGCUAGCCUUCGAAUGGAUCCGAUCCAACAUUGCUGCCUUUGGCGGUCAAACAAACAAUAUCACCGCCUGGGGUGAAUCAGCAGGCUCGAUCUCGAUCCACUACCAUCUCCUCACCCCCUCCCACCACGGACUCUUCGACCACGCGAUCAUGCAGUCCGGAACUGUCAAUACCAUCACCCCAGGGUUCCCGCAGAAAGAGGGCCAACCGAUCUUUGAUGCGCUGCUUCAGGGGCUGGGAAUCCCAUUGGAUCUGAAUAAGGAGGAGAAGAUCAAGCGCCUGAGGGCGUUACCGGGCGAGGACCUCGCAAAGGUCGGGAAUGCGAUCACUACGGGCGGAUAUCGACCCUUUUAUGAUGGCGGGAAGGUCAUCCCGUCCAAGAUCCCAAUCCAAUUUUUGGCGAAGGAUUUGGCGGCAUACGACCCGAAUCUGAAGAGCGUACUUAUUGGCGCGAACAAGGAUGAGGGCACAGCCUUUGCCCGUCUGUUUGGGGAACUUAGUAUGCAGACUUGGCCCACGUUGCUUCAGAAAAUGUGUCCUGUCCAGGAACUUAUGCCGUUAUUCACAUCUAUCUACGGAACUCCGGAAACGGACGUGGAUGUUUUGAGGAUCGUUGCAAAGUAUACGGGCGAUAUGAUGUUUAUGUACCCGACCCUGGUCCUCAACGACACCUUACUCGCGCUUGCCAAGAAACGCUCCUCCGAAUCUGGACCUGGGCUCAAGGUAUCGCACUACCUCUUCGACGCCGAGAUGCAAAAGAUGGUAGAACUCGUUCCCGGCUUGGGGGCCUUGCAUGCAGGUGAGUUACCGAUGCUCUUUUCGCCGCCCCUCGCGGAAAAGGUCCUGACGAUUGAGGAACUCGCACUAGGCAAGGAGAUGCAGAGGGUCUGGAUCGCGUUUGCGAAUCAGCAGGAGGAACUGGUCCAUGCGAAGAGCAUUCCGUUCAGAGUCGCGGGUGAUAGGCGGGGGAUUGAGCUGGCGGAGGAAGAAUUGAGGGAUGGGGGCGUUUAUAUGUCUAAGGAUGCGGAGCGGUUCUGGAAGACACUUGCGACAGGACAGGAGAAGAUUAUCAGCACAGCGUUCUCAGAACAAGCAUAACUAGACAGCUUCACGUUGCUUUAUAAAGUGUAAACCCACCAUGACAAUCCUCAAAAGACA